GAUUUAUCGUAGAGAGUGUUCGGACACAAUCCUCGUCCCCGUCAUAAGGACCCGUUCAAUGCGAACCACAACAUGAAUAUCACCUAAAAAUACUUUCACUUUUAACUCCUUCAUUCCCCACAUUCCACGCGUAACACUAACCAUCUUAUCUUCAAAAAACACCCACAAACAAAAACAACUAAAACAGCAUCAAAACAUAAUCCUUUACGUCCUUCACUUCACCCCACUCCCAUACAUGCAAACACCCAACUAUGUCUACACCGAAAUCAAAGCGGAGAACUCCAAAGUUUCACCACCGCCAACACUGCCAUCUCUGUCGGAAAUCACCCCGUCGACUUUGAUAUUCUUCACCAUGGCCGUGGCCGGCUUCUGCUUCCUAGGUGUCGCCAUCGUCUUCUUCUGCAGGUACUGCUUCAGGAACAUCUCCAACACUAACACCCUCGUCCGUCUCUCUCCUCGCGAUUCUCCCCCCAGAGGCCUCGACCCUUCUCUGCUAACCACCUUCCCCACCUUCCUCUACGCCACCGUCAAGGAUCUCCGCACGGAGAAGGAUUACUCACUCGAAUGCGCCAUUUGCUUGCUGGAGUUCGACGACGACUGCAUGCUGCGUCUCUUAACCGCCUGCUGCCACGUCUUCCACCAGGACUGCAUCGACUCCUGGCUCCGCUUGCACAAGACUUGCCCCGUUUGCCGCACGGAUCUCGAUACUCGGGCGAGUAACGCCGACGCGCAGAGACCUCAUGACCAAAACGAGGAGAAUGCGGAACACGAGAGAAGCGAUCACGUGAGCGUUGAUGUGAAAGAAGGUGAUGACGGAGACGAGAGACACGAUGAUGGUGAUGAGGGAGGUUCGAUGAAUGUGCGCAUGCAGCGUGAGAGGUUUGCAAGUGCACGUUCACACUCGACGGGGCAUUCCAUAGUUAUGGUUAAUGAUCACGACGACGAUGAUGCGAAAUACACUCUGAGAUUGCCACAAGAUGUGGCUUUGAAAAUUGUAAGAGGGCACCAUUACUCCAAGAGUUGUUCUAGUUACAAAGACAUUGCAGGAUCUUCUGCUGCACCUUGUAGUAAUUGUGGUUAUGUUGAAACUCUAUUGGAUAGCUCCAGUAAUGGUGCAAAUAAUAGUUAA